CGUAGUUGUAAGCGUCUUCACCGUUACCACGGAGAUAAACGCGAGACAAACUGCGCAAAAUGACACAGGUGAACGAGAAGCAGGAAAAUACGAUAAUAAACGAUAAACAAGAAAACAAUAAAGCGUUCGGGAACUCAGAGCUGCCACAGACCACGAAAGGAAGAGAAAACACAAAGUUAUCGUGCUUCUCUCCUAGUUUAAAGGUGAAUUCAGCGGAUGUGGAUCACGGCCAAACCAACCCCCGAGGUCAUCUUGUCGGUGAUGAGCAGUUCGAGAAGGAGCUCCCCAAACUAUUUAACUUAAUUGUACAGAGGUAUGAAGGGGAAACCUGUGAAGGCCAGUUUCAUGGAGAAGGUGUUGCUUGCUUUAAAGGUGGCCAUGUGUACAAGGGCAUGUUUUCCAGGGGACUUAUGGAUGGAGCAGGUGUCUUCAUACGGGCAGACGGACUGAAAUAUGAGGGAGAAUUUGUGUGCAACAAACCCAUGGGCCAGGGCACCUACACCUGGCCAGAUGGUAGCUCCUAUAUGGGGGAAGUGUAUGAUGGUGUACGCCAUGGGACUGGAACCUACAAAUGUGCCAAAAAUGGUGUGGUAUACAAAGGGCAGUGGGAUCAGGGCAAGAGGCAUGGAAAGGGUAGAGUGUAUUAUAACCAGGAUAAAACCUCUUGGUACAAAGGAGAUUGGGUAACGAACAACAUAGAGGGAUGGGGAGUGAGACGCUACCCGUCUGGUAACGUUUACUCUGGUGAGUGGAAGAACAACCGGAAACACGGAGAGGGCACGAUGAGGUGGCGGACGCAGCAGUAUGUUGGGAAAUGGGUGGAUGGAGUCCAGCAUGGGCAAGGCACACAUGUUUGGAUCUUAAGACGAGCGGCUGGAUCCCAGUAUUCCCAGAGUAACCAGUACACAGGAGAUUUUGUUCAGGGUCAGAGGCAUGGACAAGGAACCUUUCACUAUGCUGGUGGUGCGAUCUAUGAAGGAGAAUGGAAGAACAAUAAAAAGCAUGGGAAGAGCAAAUUUACCUUCAAGGAUGGGCAUAUUUUUGAAGGUGAAUUUGUGGAUGAUCAGAUGAUGACGCCCAGCUUGCACAGAAACAGAGUUCUCACUCCUCUACGCGGUGCAUUUCCUCUGUCAGACAGUGAUACAGCUAUACUAGGACCAAACGUGGCUCUGAAUAUUGAAUGUCUUCUGGAUAAAAUCCCAGAGAGAAAGCACGACACUGAGCUUAAACAGGUGGGGUAUGUGGUGCUGAGGCAAGACACAGAGCUGAGGUCCAUCUAUAGUUUCUACAGCAGACUCAGUCAUGGCCACUCCCCAGAUAACACCUUCAUGCUGUCCCGCCUGCAGCUCUGGCGCCUGCUCAAAGACUGUAACAUCCAUCAUCAUGACAUCACUCUGAUUCAGAUAGACCAUUUAAUCAAAGAGGAUGCCACUACAGACAUCCACUCUCCAUUUACCCCCAUGCUGUUUUGUAGGCUCCUCUGCUGUCUUGUGAUUGUGGCCUACCACAUCUACAAUAAAGACAUGGUGUCACAACGGAACCUUUUGGCUUCUUGCUUAUCCAAACUGAUGACAGACAAUAUCCUUCCUAAUGUUAAGAAUGUAAAAGGCUUCCUGUUUGGACAGCCAGACCUUUCACUGGUGGCUGUGAACUACAUGAAGAGGUGCUGGGAAGUAUAUCAGGCUUACUGCAGAGUCAACGCAGCUCCAAGAAAUGACCGGACCAUGACCUAUCGACACCUGCUGUGGAUGUUCAAGGAUCUUCAUCUAUUGGAUAAUAAACUGACCACAGUGAGGUUGCUGGAGAUCAUUACUGCAGAGAGUCCUGAACCCAAGAAUCUGUCCUCUUGUCUGGAGCAGGAGAUUACAUUUCUGGAGUUUUUUGAGGUACUUCUUGGCUGUGCUGAGGUGAAGUGUCAGCAGGUUUCUGAAGGUCUGGAGGAGUCCCUGCCCAGAUCCAACACUGAGGCCAGGAAAGGUCUGCCUGAAGUGGAGGCAUCCCAUUCGGUGCCAGUUCCACCGAGUUCCUCCACCACUCCAGAAAUCUCCAGCCUGAAGCCAGUGGAGAUAGAGAAACCCAGUGACACAGUGGAAUUAUUGCUUGCUCAGGAUCUUGGGGGUCAACAAGAUGUGUCUGAGGGACCUCAGUCUGCAGAGCACACACAAGGGCAUAGAGGCAGAGGAAAGGCUAUGCAAACCAGCAGAAUGGAGCUGUGGACCCAGACAAUCCACCAGUUCUUCAACCACUUUUUCUUCCCAGCUUUUGAACAUCACCAGUUGGUGACCAGAAACGUGAAUGAACAUAAACUCUGCCUGGAUAAAGCAAAGCAAACAGCCAGGUACAUCAGUGAUUUUCAUUCCACCAAAGGACAAUCUUCAUGGAUCAAGUUUUUUUUUUUACUGUAUGCUUUGUGGAUUGAUGUGUAGAAAAUAUGAAACCUUCUCUACUUGACUGUAGGGUCGUUUUCUUCAUUGCUUUAUAUUAAAUAAAAAAAAAUCUAGCUCUUUCUAGUUGCAUAAAUACAGCCAACAUAUCUAAGCAUCAGUGUAUUUUAUAGUAAAAUUCAAGCCACACCCUACCACCAGAUGACAUUGUUCACUUCUUUCCCAGUAGUUUUCAUUCCAAUUGUUUUUUGGAUCUGAACUGCCCCAAAUCAUCCCACUGCUACUUUACUCACCUUUUUACUUUGUGCCAUAAACACAUGUA